ACCGAAUGGGUGUCCGGCGGCCGUCACGUCCUCAUCUGGCCGGCCGACUGCGCUCUGACUCCACGUGGAGUUAGUUUUGCUGCACCGCAGGUCACCUUGGCUCUGAUGAAGAGGAUGAUCCACUGCAGACCAAGAAUCCUGAUGGGCCCUGGGCUGAGAAUCCUGAGAGGCCCUGGAAGACUGAGACAUGUGGUGCUCCAGGCCAUGGUCAGUAGACCACAGACCACUGCUUCCCAUGUCUUCCGAGACGGAGAACUGGCUCUGUUGAUGGAGCCACGACGUCGCCACAAACCACGGCUCAUCAAACUUGACUCCGCCAGGGAAACAGAGACGAGCCUGGGCCGACUCAGACACACCAACGUUAUCGGACAGGAGGUCGGGGUACAGCUUCGUACCAGUCUGGGAGGGAAGGUGACACUCCGCAGGCCAAGCCUUGAGGAGUACACUCUCCUCAUGUCCCGUGGGGCCACACCCUCCUACUGCAGCGUCAUAUACACUGCCAUCUGCAUGUUGGACAUUGGCCCUGGGUCAAAGGUCGUGGAGGCCGGUACAGGAUCUGGUGCUAUGACCUUACAUCUGUCAAGAGUUAAAGAGGCUAAAUGUGUAUUUGACGAUGGGGUCGUACACGAUUUCGAGGUGUGUCCGGAUCACCUGAAGAUAGCCAGGAGGAACGUGGCUGGCUGGACCCGGUCCUGGGACCUCAGUCACAGCGACCAGGGGCAGACGUGGCCGGAUAACAUCACCUUCCACUCUGCCGGGGUUCAGGACGCUAGGGACCACCUGGAGGAGGACCCACUUGUCGAUGCUGUGUUCCUGGAUAUGCCCCAUGUGACGUCUGCUCUGACAGGGCUGGUAGAUAUCCUCCAGCCUAAUGGACUGGCUGUACUGUUCCUGCCCAACAUUACCCAGGCUGUGGAGGUGGAUGCCUAUAUCAGGGAAACGGAGCUGCCUCUGCAAACUGAGGACAUUGUUAGAGUUUGUCAGGAGCACUGGACCGUCAAACCCUCACGCACAAAACGCCUCGUUACCCCCGAUAAUGAAAGGGCAGAUUCUUCCGAGUGGGGCAGUCAGGGCUCAAGAACUGAAGAGGAAAGUACCGGCAAAGAGAGUACAGAGGUCAAUGGAGCUACCGCCGUGUCAUCCCUGAGCUAUAUCUGUCGACCCAAUCACAGACAAUCACCUCAUUCUGGGUUCCUGAUAAAGACCAGAAGAUUAUUAAAAACAGCUACAUGUAGCAGCAUCUGAACCCUCAUUAGCUGUAAAUUCAUCCAAUCUCUAUUCAUUGUUGAUUUCGUGUUGUCAAUGACAGUGUAAACCAUCUGACUGAUAUUUAUCUGAUUGAUGAUAGAGUACAAUUCAAUGCAGUGGUCAUAAAAAUACACGUUUGUGUGCGUAUAAUACAUGACGAUAUCGAGAUAGUCUAUGAUUACACAAUUGAAACAAACAAUAUCAUACAUCACGGGAAGUGGGUGAGACACACAUGUACACAGUGGGCAGUGAAAUAGCACAUAAUUAUGUAACAUGGCAAUACGUUACUCUUCGUGUUCCACUGGUCCGUGAGGUGGCCCAGAAGAGGCAGGCCACUUGUCUCUUCCACUGCCACCACCACCACCACCACCAGCAGCAGUAGCUGUUGCCAACUGGAAUGGACCACCUGCAGCGACAGACAC